AUGAAGGAAGCGAUCGUUGCUAAAGGGCCCAAGGUCACGAUCAUCGACUCACCGAUCCCCGAACCGUCCGAGGACCAGGUGCUCAUCAAGGUCAUCUUCUCUGGAUCCAACCCGAAGGACUGGAAGGUUCCGCUAUGGACCGGCAGCGAACGCAACGAGGGCGAUGACAUCGCCGGCGUGGUGGUCAAGGCCGGCGCCAAGGUCACCGAGUUCAAGCCGGGAGACCGCGUCGCCGCCUUCCACGAGAUGCGAACACCCCACGGCAGCUAUGCCGAGUACGCCGUCGCCUACCAGCAUACCACUUUCCAUAUCCCGGCCAAGACCAGCUUUGAAGAGGCCGCAGCCCUACCUCUUGCUGCUAUGACCGCGGCCAUUGGAUUGUAUAUUGACCAAGGUCUCCCGCAACCCUGGACGCCGGCCAAGCAACCCAUCCCCCUGGUUGUGUACGGUGCGGCAUCUGCUGUCGGCUCGUAUGCCGUCCAGUUUGCUCAGAGGAGCAACAUCCACCCGAUCAUCGCUGUAGCCGGCAAAUCCGUCGCGCACGUCGAAAAGCUCAUCGACCGGAGCAAAGGCGACACCAUUAUCGACUAUCGCGAAGGGGCCGACGCCAUCGUCGCCGGCAUCAAGAAAGCCCUCGGCGGCGCCAAGCUUCUGCAUGCCUUUGACGCCAUCUCCGAGUAUGACUCCUGGGUUCACCUGGGAAGGGUGGUCGACGAUGGCGGCAGCAUCAAUGUGGUUUUGCCUUUCAAAGACUACAACGGGGUCCCCGAGACAGUCAGUAUUCUGACCACGAGCGUCGGCCGAGCGCACAGCGAUGCUGCAGACUUCGCCUACGUCUAUUUCCGGUACAUAGCCCUUGGUCUGCAGGCGGGCUGGUUCCGGGGGCAGCCUCAGGAGAUUGUGCCCGGGGGGCUAGCUGGGGUGCAGGGUGCUUUGGAGAAGCUCCGAGACGGCAAGGCGAAUGCCAUCAAGUACAUCUUCCGUAUUGCCGACACAGAAGGCUCCGGGAAGGACUAG